UGGAAUCUAAUAGAAACGAACUUGUUUUAUAAUUUUAUAACUCAUUUAAACGCGAUUUUAUGCGGUGUCAGGCUCAUAUUACGAAUAUUACAAUCAUAAGCACACGUUUUGCAGUCUCAUGCAAUUGGUGUAACUAUAACCCGUUUGUGCUCAUGUUUAGCUAGCUGUUGAAGAGUCCAAUUGAAGUGAGAAGUAUUGCGUGGCUUAUUAUUCUGUUAAAGUGCAUCGGCAGAGAAGAUUUUCAAGGGUGGACCCGAUAAAAGAGAGGAGAAAAGCUUGUUCAUGUGGAGAAGGGUUGAAAACCGGGUAGCAUCUUCUCUCUCCUCCCACAAAGAUGAUGUUGAGCAACGAGAACUCGCUUUCCCCAUUUCACCAGCCUCGUAGUCGGCCUGUGUAGUUGAGGAGAGAUUCUUCAGGAAAAUCAAUAAACAGCCUCCGGAAAGGUGACAAUCUUCUGCCCAGUGUUAUUUUACUAGUGGAGCCCGGUGCUGGGCUGUCUAAUUGCAUAUCGAAUGCACCACUUCUCAAAAUAAUAAUCUCAACCACUCGCCAUAUUUAUACUGGACACUCCCACUCUUUCGACGUGAGCACUUGAAAUUCUGCCAGCCAAUUCAUUCCGGGGUGCGUUCACUUUCAUCUGUGCCACAGAUGAAACUGAUGAAGUUGUGUUAUCAUAAUGGUUCGCAUAAUUGGGCACACGGACCGAGGACUUCUCCACACAAAUCCCAGCAGCAGCAGCAACAGCAGAGGAGGAAUCCACUUCACUCUGACAGAGUUCCAAGACAAGAGGAACGCUGUUCGGGUGGAAAGGCAGUUCAAUUUUGGCCCCUGCCCUCGGGCGGAGGAGGAUGCGGCCCAAGAAGUCAAGGCAGAAGUCAGCCACGUCUCCCUCCAACCACUCAACGCUCAAAACUUUCGAGAUGACCAGAGUUCAAAACAGAAGAGUUCCCCAAUACGGGACGACCCCUUGUUUCUCAUCGCACUGGUGUCCAGGAUUAAGGCUGGGAGCCAUCAUGCCGAUACGUACUCCGCAUCCCUGUAUUUAGUGAGAGCCUCGGAAGGGAACGUCAGUUCCGGGGUGGAGGUGGACGAGGUGCUGGCUCGAGUGGGGGUGGUUGAGGGGAGAGACUCAGAAGUGCGGGUCCACUUUCUCCCACAAUGCGUCAAGGCGAGGCAGGGUGGCGAGGAGGUUGAGGUUGACACAACGGAAGAGGAAGAACAGGAAGCCACAAAUUUCUCGUGCACGUCCAGACUUCUUGUCCUCAGUCUGGAGGAAAGCAUAAUUCUCUAUGAUGUGGAAUCCUCAAUUAGCACUGGGAAAUCAGCCCAGCUUCAAGUGGUGGGUUCGGAGAUGGUGGCGAAACGCUUUUGGUGGGCUCAAUGGUUACCUCUUCAGGAAGCCGUGGCCUUUGCUCACUUUCGCAAACCACGACAAUCCAGUUUCGACGAUGAGGAGGUUUCUGCUCAAGCUCCAAAGUGCUUCCUCUCCGUCGUGCAAUUUCAUAAAGAUUUCCCCAGAGAGUCCGUCCUGAACAUGCCUUUGUCGGAUGCUUCCAUGUCGUCAGGUCAUUCAAGGUCAGGAGAGGGCGUGACCUCACCAUCACCUUCUUUAAAGCUGGCUUACGAUCCCACCGUUCUCACGUCUUCCUCUGUUCAGCUGAAACUUCUCGCUCACUUGUCCGGGGCCGCUUAUCUUUUUCGCCUGUGCCCCACGUCCACCCCGAAAUAUUCCGUGAGCAUGUUGCAUCAUAAUAAAACGCUGGACGUCGACGUGAGUGUGGAGACAAUUCAAGGAGGCGAUGAACCUUGCGACACUCAGCUUCACCUGGACGUUGGUUUGUACUCGAAAGAUCAGUAUCUCGUGGUUGUGGGGUGGCCUUAUUUUGUCCACUUUCUCGACGUUGGCUCCAGUCACGAGCCCAGCCAUCACUUGGACUUUUCGUGGGACAUGUUGGGACUGAGGACGACGAAUCCGAGCCCCCCCUUCCUCUGCCUGUUCAACGUCCUCAAUGCUGACAACGGCAAGAGUGCUGCUGCUCAAUGUGAUGAGAAGACAGAUCUGAGCCCCAAGUUCUCAACGACGACCAACCUCGUGUUUCAAGACUUGGCUCACACCCCCGUCGAACUCACCUCGUCCUUACUCCUGCCCCUCAUGGAGAAACGGAAAACGGACACCCAGUUCAAACUGGCCGUGUUACACCAUUUCCUUGUGCACGUGGGAGACAUCAACGUUGCCAAAAGGAUUAUUUAUGACGAGGGCAAGAUGUUGGGGAAUCUCGGUCUGAAGCAGAUUUAUCAAGAAUUUCUGAUUGGUCAUGCUCAUCUCCAGGCAAAGAAGCAAAUUUUGCCCAACAUGGACUCAUUUCUUUACUUGAUCCCAUACUCCGCCGACCCGGAAUCAAACAGCUCAAUUACGACACCAUCCUUGAGGAUUACGACGCAAGGGUCGAAAGAUGUGUCGAUCAUGCUGCUGUCCCCGAGCCAGAGGGUGUUCCCUCAUAAUGUGACCGACUGCUGGACUUGUUUGUGGCAACUGAACCGCAACUACUCGCGGAGCAAGAGGUUCAACCACAAGGACAUUUCAGAAAAGUUGAUCUUGUCGCUCCAGUGUUACAAGCCGGAAGCAUUGUCCAGAGCCAGCACUCCUGGUCCAAUGUCUCCCUCCUCCCCAAUGAUCUGCACUUCUCUUGGCGACAUUGUCGGAAUGUUUGGACGACGGGCGACUGAACUCCAACUGCCUUUUGUCGAGCAAGAAUCCUGCACUGCGAACAAGCAAGAGUACAUUUUCUCCAUUAAUCUGCGUGAAAUAAGCAUGCAUCUCUUAAAGGAGAGGAAAGAGUGGCCUCUCCAUGGCCACACGGUCGCAGGAAAGUAUGUGUGCGCUUUGGGCGACACGGCGCGACUGCUUUGUCACCUCCUCUGCCUCACGGCCCACUUGCAACCCACCAAGAACAGGGACAAAGGUUUCAAGCUCAUAGACGCGUUGGAAUGGGAUGUGCGGCUCAAACUCUUCAUGUUGAUGGAACACUACACGUUGGCAUUGAGUACGCUGGCCUGUCCCCUCCCGCAAGGCUUCACCCCCUUCUUCGCAUAUUUGGGAUACCGAGUCUUCAAGUUUGACCAGUUCUUGUGGCAUGUCAGAGCCGGCACGUUCGAUCUCCAGAUCGACCUCGUCAAAACCAUCAUGACAGACAUUAAGGAGGACAAGGAGGAGAACGUGACACGGAAGCUGCAACUCCUUUCACUCCUGCCAAAGACCAGAGCAAGCCGCAUACUGAAUGCUUGGCCCCACAAAAUGUCCGUCUCUCUCAGAGCUCGUCAACAUGCCAGCGAUCUGCUGAGCGGAUCUGUUUCACAAAACAGGAAACGGAUGAUGACCUUGGCUGGAGAUAAAAAGAAGAAAGGUGACGUGUCAGUGACGAAAGAAAAGCUGAAUCCAUUGGACACAUUUUUUCAGCUACUAACUGCCAAAGCAAACUCGUCGGAAAUUGACCUGGGCCUGUUGACCGAAGCAACGCUGGUGUCAAUGGAAGGGAGCGAUCACCAUCAGAGCGUCAGUGCGGAGUAGCCCUCCAACCCUCUCAAGCCAAUCAUCGUCGUCGUCUUAACUAAUUAAUUAUUAUUACUCAUCAAAUAUAUGCAAAUUAGUUACUGCUACGAAUAAUGUACUACCCACCAGAAAACAAUAUAUACUCCUUGAACUCAUGUAGUCAUUUUAAUGCUGCGACAGUCAAACGUGAUCAAUUAUAACUUUUGUUACAAAAA